CACUGCAAAAGCAAUCGGGCAUUACAGAAACUCCAGAAUAAACCAACAACGAAGAAUGCUCGCCCUCCACAGAGCGGUCCGGCGGUUCCACGCUACCGCCGAUGCUCCGCCGCUCAUCAGAUUCGCCCUCCACGCGCCUAAAUAUGUAGAGGUGGAGUUUGGCAAUGGCAGUGUGUUCAACUUGUCAGCUGAGUUCUUAAGAGUUCACAGUCCAGCUGUUGACGCCAAGAUUAGGUCCAUUGCUGGUGAAAAGGUGAUAUCGGGGCGGCGUCUGGUGGGGAUCAUGUCUGCAGAACCUGUAGGAAACUAUGGGGUGAGGAUUCUUUUCGAUGACUUGCAUAAGACUGGCAUCUAUUCGUGGGAUUACUUGUAUCAUUUGGGGAGUAACAAGUUUAGCCUCAUGAGAAGUUAUAUCAAGACUCUCAACAAGUAUGGACUCCGCCGAGAUCCGCCUAGAAGGAAAUGAUUUAGGCUCUCCUGCUUUACAAUGAAUCUACUUUCUCAGCCUUUUAUCUAUAGUUGAAGCAGCAUUGGUGGAGAAUGAUGCAGCUUGUUUUAGUUUCGAAGUCAUUGCUUAGAGCCUUAGAGCUAAAGAGUAGGGAGUAAUUCAAUAUCAAUGUCGGUUAUGAACUAUUAUGUCACUGCAUGUUCAUGUUAACCAGUUGGGGUGCUAUACAGAGUUCUUAUUUGAGAAGCCAAUGGAGUUUUAUUUUAGGCUUUGCUUUAGUUGUUAGGUGUUAACACUCAUAUAAUGCAGGUUUUCUCUCACUGUUUCUUUUA